UCAAAGGUGCGACAUUCAUGACACGGGCGAGAUUUGGGGAAGAUUGUUCGAUCAUCGUCCGUUCGUCCAAGGGGAGAUUACGUUCUUUCUGCGAGAGUUUCAGGAUAACGUUUUGAGUGAAAACAGAUUACUUAGAAAGAAGGAAUGGGAAAAGUUCAUAAAUGAUAUGAGUGAUAAAUGUCAAAGAGUGGACCAAACUUUUCAAGAGAAAGAAAACGAGAUACAGGAGUUCUACGUUGACUUGGAAAAGAAAUUGCAUAUUACACCAUAAGCAAUAAUUUUUUAAUCUAUCUAUGUAUUGUCUCUCUUGCUAUUUCAGCGUUUUAUAAAAUUCUAAUAUUUUUCUUAAGAGACAGAGAGAAAGAAGUGUAUAUUGAAUUUAUAUAGAUAUGUCACUAGACUCAAUUGUGGAUCCUACUAUAACAAUAAAACCAUCUAAGAAGUUGAUAAAUUUUAUCUUGAACGAUAUAAAAGAUGCAGGUGGUGCUCCGGAUGGCAUCAUAUCCUUACGCAAAUCGAAAAAGUCCAAGAAAGAAAAAGUUGUAAAUAUUACAUUAAAAAUUGAAGAUCUUAAAUGGUUAAAUAAAUAUCUAAAAGAACAUAGAAAAACCGCAAAGGAAAAGAUCUACUUACACGAACUUUUCGACGAUUCCGAUGUGAUAUUACCAACGCCAACAGAGACACCGCGAAAUCCAGAGUUGGAGGCUAGAAUACAGAAAUUAACAGCACAACAAAAUGCUAGAGAAUAUCAAGCAAUGACGAAGAGUAUCGAUUCCACUCGGAAAUUCCUACCAGAAGACAGCAUCGCCUAUCAAAUGAAGCAGAUAAAUAAGCAACUGAUUGCCGUGGCGCAAUUUGUAUUUUCUGUAAUAGCUGGCUUCGUUUUUGGGUUCCUUGGGGUAGAACUCAUAAUUGGGAAUUUGGACUUUGGAUUUAGAUUACUCCUAGGUAUAAUCUGCGCUCUAAUUAUAGCAUUGGCCGAGAUCUAUUUUCUAGCUGUAAAGUUGAAUGAGAAUGGUUUUGAUGUCAUGGCUGGAAAAAAGUUACAUUAUGACUAAUGUUUAAGCUUUACUCCACCUUGCCUUAAACAUAUAUGUAGCAAACAAAAAUAAUUGCAGUCAACCGCUAAUCAAUUAAUAUGCUAAGCUAUUUUCGCUAAUUUUAUAUUAUACAAAGUUUUAAAGAUGUAUAUUAGUCACCUAUAAUUGUCAUAUAAGGCUUAAAAGACCAAAUAAAAUAUAUUGUGACAUUUUA